AUGCUGGCCGACGUGGAACCCGGUACCACUGGUCGAAAUACCGGAGCAGAAGAAGAUGAGAUUCGUACUCUCCAAACAAAUCGAAAUUCUGCAGUGAAGGAGAAGCUACAACGACUCGAUCCAUUUCUGGACAAGGACGGGAUGUUGCGAGUCGGAGAUCGACUCGGUCACUCACCACUGCCUUUCAACCAGAAACACCCGAUUAUCCUACCGAAAUCCUCGGUCACAGUGCUCAUAAUCGAGCAUGAGCACCUCCUAAACCUCCAUUCCGGAACUCAAGGUACUUUAUAUGCCUUAAGAAAAUCCUAUUGGUCUAUCGACGGCCGUAGUCAAGUUCGGAGCACGGUGAGGAAGUGCGUCCGUUGCUGCCGAGCCAAUCCACCUCCAGUGGAUUACGUAAUGGACGACCUCCCAGCCGCACGGAUAAUAGAAUCUCUGCCGUUUACCAACGUCGGAGUCGAUUAUUGCGGACCAUUUUACAUCAAGGAGCAAAAGGAUCGCAACGUAAAAUCAAGGUAUACGUAG